GGAGCCCCACCCCAUCACUCGCGAUCUUAUUCUACCAGGGUUGUGAUCAACUUUUAGGCCUCACUAGGUAGAGGCUGCCUGCGCCUGCGCUGGCGAUCUCUUUUAUUCUUCGAGCUCUGCACCCAGAACCCAGUCAAAUCUUCGGGACCCACCUCUGCGAUGCAUCGACUGCAGAUAGUGCUGGGACACCUGGCCGGCAGGCCCGAGUCGAGCUCCGCGCUGCAAGCCGCGCCCUGCUCCGCGGGCUUCCCGCAGGCCUCGGCCUCCGACGUGGUGGUGGUUCACGGACGGCGCACCCCCAUCGGCCGUUCGGGCCGCGGCGGCUUCAAGGACACCACCCCGGAUGAGCUUCUGUCGGCCGUGUUGACCGCGGUUCUCCAGGAUGUGAACCUCAGGCCUGAGCAGCUGGGAGACAUCUCCGUGGGCAAUGUACUUCAGCCAGGAGCUGGGGCCGUCAUGGCACGCAUCGGCCAAUUUCUGAGUGGCAUUCCAGAGACUGUCCCAUUGUCUACCGUCAACAGACAGUGUUCAUCAGGGCUGCAGGCAGUGGCCAACAUCGCUGGUGGCAUCAGAAAUGGGUCUUAUGACAUUGGCAUGGCCUGUGGGGUGGAGUCCAUGUCCCUGUCUGAGAGAGGGAACCCUGGGAACAUUUCCUCACGCCUGCUGGAGAACGAGAAGGCCAGAGACUGCCUGAUUCCUAUGGGGAUAACCUCGGAGAACGUGGCCGAGCGGUUUGGCAUUUCACGGCAGAAGCAGGAUGCCUUUGCUCUGGCCUCCCAACAGAAGGCCGCAAGAGCCCAGAGCAGGGGCUGUUUCCGAGCUGAGAUCGUGCCUGUGACCACCACAGUCCUUGAUGACAAGGGCAACAAGAAAACCAUCACGGUGUCCCAGGAUGAGGGCGUCCGUCCCAGCACCACCAUGGAGGGCCUGGCCAAGCUGAAGCCGGCCUUCAAGGAUGGAGGCUCUACCACAGCUGGAAACUCCAGUCAGGUGAGUGAUGGAGCAGCUGCCGUCCUGCUGGCCCGGAGGUCCAAGGCUGAAGAACUGGGCCUUCCCAUCCUUGGGGUCCUGCGGUCCUAUGCAGUGGUCGGUGUUCCUCCUGACAUCAUGGGCAUCGGUCCUGCCUAUGCCAUCCCUGCAGCCUUGCAGAAAGCAGGGCUGACUGUGAAUGACAUAGACAUCUUUGAGAUCAAUGAGGCCUUUGCCAGUCAGGCCCUCUACUGUGUGGAGAAGCUGGGAAUUCCUGCAGAGAAAGUGAACCCCCUGGGGGGUGCAAUAGCCCUGGGCCACCCUCUGGGCUGCACCGGUGCAAGGCAGGUCAUCACGCUGCUCAAUGAACUGAAGCGCCGUGGGAAACGGGCUUAUGGAGUGGUGUCCAUGUGCAUCGGGACAGGGAUGGGAGCCGCUGCUGUCUUUGAAUACCCUGGGUACUGAAGCCCUGACUGCGGGCACUGCCCAGAGAGUCCUACAGUGGUGGCCAGAGGGGGACUUGACGGAAGCCAUCUGCAUGGGACACUAAGCACUGGAGGGUGUAUCACAGCACUUUAAUCUAGUUAAUGUGAUCAUUGGUGGCACAAAGAGGAGGGACUGCCCUGUUAAGGUCCCCAAGCUAUGCCGAAGUGAGUAUGGAACACCGAGGUUGCAAAAUCAUUGUGGACGUCUGAGGGACGGUGCCUCCCUUGAGGCCGAAUGGACAUAAUAAAUGUAUGUUGUCUCAU